CGGCGCAACAGGGCGCGCUUAGGUUUUUGAUAGUAAAACUGUAAGGGUUGAUAGCGACUUGAGUUCUGGCUGGCCGUUUUCUCGUUUCUCUCCAUACGAUUCCCCAUUGGCUACUCUGCUUCUCAUCAAACCAGCCAUCUGAACACAGGUUACUUAAAUAUAUUCUCAUUUUUGCUAGAAGUUUACGAGUUCAAUUCUAAUGGAGUCAAAGCCUCCUCAAAAUCCCCCUAGGAAGCAUAAAUUUGUGCCUAAAGCACCCCCACGCCGGGCACCAAAGCCUGAAGUUAAAAGCGAGAAGGCUGAGGAUGUUGAUGCUGCUCAGGCAAUGAAUUUGAUGAAACAUUUCCAGGAAAGGUCCAUGAAGGCAACGCCUAAAGUUGAAAAGAAAGUGCAUGCUUCUCAAAUUGCAUUUGGUUUUGGAGCUGCAUCUACCGGCUUGAAAUCAUGUGGUAUUCCCAAAAGGGGGACUGCAAGUAACCAAAAUCAGGGUUCAGCUUCCAAUGGUGAUGCUUAUUCUUCAGGACUUAGAGAUAAAGAAUAUGUGGAACCAUGGGAUUGUUACAGUUAUUAUCCUGUUACUCUUCCUUUGAGGAGGCCAUAUGCUGGAAAUCCAGCAAUUCUUGAUGCGGAGGAAUUUGGGGAGGCUUCCGAAACUGUAACUUAUGAUGAAAGUUCUAUAAAUCCGGCAGCUGAUCUUGGUUUAAUGGAGGAAAACAUGGGGGCAAGUAUGUUCUUUCUUCAGUUACCACCAACUGUACCCAUGAUAAAGAGAUCAGCUACAGCAGAUGGCCUUGAUGUCAAGGAAAGCUCAAGGUCUUCAGUAGAGAAGACCUGUAAAGUAGAAGAUUUACCAGCUGGCCAAAUGGGUAAAAUGCUAGUAUACAGGAGUGGCGCAGUUAAGCUCAAGCUUGGUGAAACCCUUUAUGAUGUCUCCCCAGGUGUGGAUUGCGUAUUUGCCCAGGAUGUUGUAGCAAUUAAUACAGCAGAGAAGCAUUGCUGUGUUGUUGCAGAGAUCAACAAGCAUGCUAUAAUAACCCCUGAUGUGGAUUCCAUCAUCAAUAGUGUGGCUCAUUGUGACAGUAAUAUUGGUUCGUAUAUAUAGAUGAAACUGGCAAAUCUAUAAUUUUGUUCCCAGAAAGAAAGGUAUAAGAGUUUUGUAUUCAUUUAUUUUAACAUUCCUUCAUGAAAAACAAAUAAAGUGAGGGGAAUAAAAAGGAUGAAGGAGUGCGGUUUGGAGUUGGACUCUUUGAAUGAAAAAUGAAGGAAAUGUGAAUUUGUAUUCUUCUUCA